AUGUCUUCAUCAAAUACAUAUGUUAAUAGUGAAUUAUCAGGAAACAAUAUCAUAUUUCCAUAUUUUAUUAUUACAGUUACGAAUUAUCCUCAUUUCAUACAACCUAUACAACAAUAUCAAAUAUCGAAUCAGUAUUGGCAACGAUUAUAUCAAGGAGCUGUACUUAUACCAGGUGUACUCGUUCAUUUUGGAACCAAUCGUACUGAAGAACAUGAAAGAUUAUUACGCAAUACUGUACGAUUUCGAAUACAAGAAAUUAUUCGAGAAUAUCUUCGAUCAACUAUACGACCAUAUCCAUUUCAUUUGGUUUUCGAUAUGUCCGACAUGAGAUCACAUCUUUAA